CCGACAUCUGUAGCACCACGAGAACUACGCAUCUGCCGCCAAGAUGGUCGAUCUCUCCGAAGGCGUCCCUUUUUCGAAACAAAAUCUUCACGAAGGAAACCGAUAUAUCAAAAGAGGCCAAACAUUAUUCCCAUGUCCAUCCUCCGUGAACGCCUCCACUUUCUUCGACCUGGCCCCUGACGAAGAGGUCGUUUCUGUGCUUGCCAAACCAAUGGCCAGGAUUAUCCUUGAAUAUGAUUUCUCGAUUGUGACUAAAUCCGGGCAUGGGGUGCGUCCCGCUGAGGCUGAGGCCAUGAGACUUAUCUCUAGAUAUACCACCGUGCCUGCAAUGCGCUGCAGAUGGCUCCCCCUCAAAAGACCCCUUACUAGAAAAUCUCCAAUCACCACCCCGACCCCUAACCAGCGAUUCAGACCUACGGGCUCGCAUCUACGAGCGCUAUCUCCAUUGCGGGGGUAGUCGGUACGAGCACGAAUUACCCAACAUGCUGCCGAAAUCUGACCAUGCUGUGUUCGCGCAUGGGGAUAUCGCACCUCGAAACAUCAUGGUUGAUGAGAACGGUAACAUCAUAGGAAUUAUCGACUGGGAGUAUGCAGGCUGGUAUCCGGAUUAUUGGGAGUAUGCGCAGAUCAUGAGACCCGCGUUCUGGGGAGAUUGGUCGAUAUGGAUGGAGCGGACUGCUCCAGAAAGAUGGAAUUUAAGUGGCAUCAAUGCUUCUCGCAAAGUUCUGUUCUGAUGACAUUGUAAAGAUGCUUUGGGGCUGUAUGUUGACAUUCUGGAUAGCCCAAACAAUAAACAGCUCUCUGGGAAAUUAUUCGAGAUGCAUGCUUUUUCAUUAAUGGAAUUUUGAUGGCUUUGUUGGAUCCUUUCCGCAAGAUGGUCGGACUGGUCAUUUGAUGACUACAAUACAAAUACUGGGGUUCUGUGGGCACUCUUAUUGCUGCUGGUGUCUUUUAGAUUGUGUCCGUUAUUUUUCAUCUCUCAUAGGGGCUGUUGUUACAUAAAAAAAGAAACAGAAAAUGACCUGGAAAGAUUGUG